AAUAAUUUAUAUAAGGGUAGUGUAACGUCGUCAAAAGUGAAUAUUUUAUUAUAGAGCGCGGCCUUUGCUUCUAACAACUGUGAAGGAGCCGUUACAUAAAAAGAGAUAGAAUGGACAAGCUGUAUUUACUUUUCUGGGGUCUUUCAAGUUCGGUUUUCUCAGUUGUCAACGGCGCUGAUAUCCCGGUGAACAACACAGAGCCAGCAUUAUUGAAAUAUCUCCUUCAAAACUAUUCUAAAGACGCACGGCCAGUUCUCAACGUCAAUGACCCAGUUCAGUUAAAGCUGGGUAUAAUGCUACGACAGGUUAUUGACUUGAACGAAAGAGAUCAAAUACUCACUAUAAACGUAUGGAUUCGUCAGUACUGGAAAGACCACUUACUCAAAUGGAAUCCCGAUGACUUCGGCGGCAUCAAGUCAAUCAACAUUGCUCCGGACAGAGUGUGGAAACCUGACGUUUUGCUGUAUAACCGAGCAAGUACAGACUUAAGAUUUGGAAGCCUUAACAAUAAGAUCGACACCAAUGUCAUUGUUAACCACGACGGCUCCACUACUUGGCUGGCACCAGCGAUCAUCAAAUCUGAAUGUAAAAUCGACGUCCGUUUCUUUCCCUUCGAUGUCCAGAGCUGCGAGCUAACUUUCGGUUCCUGGACCCACGACGGCCUUAAAAUCGACAUCCAUCUCAAACAAGAAUCAGGAAUUGAUACUGAAAAUUUCUCUGAUAACAGGGAAUGGUUCCUCAAGGGAACGUCAGGAAGAAGGGACGUAAAGAUGUAUAUCUGUUGCCCAGAGCCAUACCCAACAGUGACCUAUACUAUCAUCCUUCGACGGCGUGCCAUGUUCUAUGUCUUCAAUAUGGUACUACCAACAGGCGUUAUUGCAUUACUUUCUUUAUUUUCAUUCUACCUUCCGCCGAAUUCUGGAGAGCGUGUUUCGUUUGUCAUCACAGUUCUGCUGGCCAUGAGUGUGUACCUGAUCAUGGUAACUGAGAACAUCCCGCGCUCGACUGAUAUCCCACUGGUCUCCAAGUUCUUUAUGGCUUCCAUGAUUCAAAUUGCGCUUUCCCUGGCAGCAACUUGUGUUGUGAUUAGAUUUGACACCACAAAGAAGCCAAUGAGCUCGGUAAUAAAGCUUGUAGUCAAUGACUGGCUAGCCACAGCCUUGCUCAUGAAGAAGAGUCCUCGCAAGACGCGACAAGGAGGGGUAACCAAAUCAACAAGUCUUUUCAAAAGGAAAUCAGUCACUCCAGUAAACGAAGCUGCUACAGACGAGACCUAUGACAACACAGAUGACGUCAUAAUAACACGGCUUGUAGAUUCAUUUGCAAAAAACAAGGAUCAGAAGAAUCAUGUUCCAGGCAAUGCGAUAGACCCCAUUGUCAAGGAGCUGAAAGUGUUGACUUCCAAGGUCCACGAGGAGGAAGAAUCGAGUAAAAUCUCCAGAGAUUGGAUGUUUGCAGCCGAAGUGUUGGAUCGUUUCUUUCUUCUUUUGUUUUCCUUCACGAUUUUAAUAACUGUUUUGAGUGUCUUUGUCGCAUCGCCUGAAGUGUCUUUGACAUGACAUUAAAUCUAAUUUAUACUGAAUAUCAAUUAGGCUACUAAGGGCAAUAUGCUAAGAGACAGAAUCCCAACGAUCGCUACACUGAAUGCCGCACAUCUAGCGAAAACUCCCAUAAGUAUAAACAUUCUCUUUAAUUGAAGCAGAUGGCAUCCUCGUCAAUAAACUGCUAGCCGUUUUUCUCUCCAUCCGUGAUCAAUGAUAAAAAUCAUGAUUCUUAGCAUGAUAAUGAGAGUUUAAAUAUAGUUUAACAGGUGUUAUGGCCACAUAUUGUAAGGUAGGGCAGGUAUUGACAUUUUAUCAAUCUAGAUACUGCAUUUUUACUAGCCAUUAGCAUGUUUUACUUUUAGCCUUACAUAGUACCUGGAUACCUUAUGCCUGGUGCACACUAGUGACAUAACGACAUGGGCGCGUGCACCCUUAUGUUCAUGUGUGAAUGGUUCGACAUUUUGACAUAAGCCCAACAUAACGACAUGAACAUAACGACAUCCGAGAAAAAAACAUGUUUCCUCUUUUGUGUCAUUAAGUCCAUGUUGUUAUGUCGGGCUCGAAAAGAGUGCGCGCGCCUAUGUUGUUAUGUCGUUAUGUCACUAGUGUGCACUAGGCAUUAUAGUACUGGCUAAAUAAGAACCUGUUUAGACUAACCUGGAAAAACCUAUGUUCUUAUAAGCGGAUAAGUACUGUACCAGGCUCGUUCCCAGGAUUUUUUCAUGGGAGGCUGCGAAAUCCGAAAAAGUGGACCUACUUUUUCUUGGGGAAGGGGGGGGGGGGGGGGGGGGGUGGGAGAGGGAGUUUUCUGAUAAUCUGACCACCCACUAAAUAACAAAAAGGGAUUUUUUAUGCCUUUGCAUUAUCUCCACGGGACGUUUAUUGUCGGAUUUGGCUACAAAUAAAGUCUGACAUAUGGAUUAAUGACAUACCAGAGUGAUCUAGCUUAUGCUUUAUAGUUUUGUCUAUGAAUAGCACGUCUAUUGAGAACCAAAAGUGGACUUUAAUUUAGGCUGGUGCGUUAGCACCCCCUGUAUCCCCCCCCCCCUGGGUACGGGCCUGUGCACUUAAUUGAUAUUGUACAUUUGAAAAUUGAAUAAAAACUUCAAUUAUAUAUAGAUUUAGGCUCUUUAAAAGCAAGAAAAUAACAACAUUUUCAAAAACGAACGUGUGGUUAAGCAAACAAUUAGCAACCACACGAUAAGCAAUAAGCAACCACAUGAUUUCCCAAUCCUUUUUAGUGGAUGAUGGAUGAACAACUUAGCUGGAUUACUAGUUAUGUAAGGUUUUAAAUACUUAUAUAAAGUACUUAAUAAGCUAAUAGUAGAUAAAUUCUUAAGUCAGUAACGUAAUUUAGUGUUCUAGAAACAUGUCAACACAAGGUGUUUUCAUCCGUCGAAACGGUAAAAAUAAAGUCUUUCACCCUUUUUCCCAAA